UGCCGUCUGUGGCCUCUGCCCUGCCCUGCCUCUGUAGGUGGGAGCCUUGAGGAAGAGGGAAUGGCCCCUGUGCCGAGAGCCAGGCCUGGACAGGAAUCAUUGACAUUCAAGGAUGUGGCAGUGGAAUUCACCCAGGAGGAGUGGGUACAAUUGAACCCAUCUCAGAAAAUGUUGUACAGGGAUGUGAUGCUGGAGAACUAUACGAACUUGGUCUCUUUGGGAUUUGCAGGUUCCAAACCAGAUGAAAUCUACCAGUUGGAAAGAAGGGAAGCAUCUUGGAUGCCAGAGGCAGUUAUUCCCAGAAGCAGCUGUCCAGAGAGCAGAGAAUUUAUUGGAGAUAAACCUCCUAAAUGUAAUGAAUGUGGGAAAGCAUUCAGGAACAAGAAUCAACUUGCUGUGCAUCAGAGAAUUCAUACUGGAGAGAAACCUUAUAAAUGUAGUCAAUGUGGGAAAGCCUUCAGGAUCAAGAAACAAAUUUCACGGCAUGAGAAAAUUCAUACUGGAGAGAAACCUUAUGAAUGUAGUGAAUGUGGGAAAGCCUUCAGGAUUAAGAACCAACUUUCAGAGCAUCAGAGAAUUCAUAUUGGGGAGAAACCCUAUAAAUGCAGUGUAUGUAAGAAGGCCUUCACUCACAAGAUAAGUCUUACUCGACAUCACAGAAUUCAUAAAGGAGAGAAACCUUAUGCCUGUAGUGAAUGUGGGAAAAUCUUCAGGAUUAAGAAUUCUCUUGCUGAGCAUCAGAGAAUUCAUACUGGAGAGAAACCUUAUGAAUGUAAUGAAUGUGGGAAAGUCUUCAGGAUUAAGAUACAACUUUCACUGCAUCAGAUAAUUCAUACUAGAGAGGUGCCUUAUAAAUGUAGCAUAUGUGGGAAGGCCUUUGCCUGGAAGGGAAUUCUUACUCAACAUGAGAGAAUUCAUAGUGGAGAGAAACCUUAUGGAUGUAAUGAAUGUGGGAAGGUCUUUAGGAUUAAGGUACAACUUUCACUGCAUCAGAGAUUUCAUACUGGAGAGAAACCUUAUAAAUGUAGUAUAUGUGGGAAGGCCUUUGCUCGGAAGCCAAAUCUUAAUCAACAUCAGAGAAUUCAUACUGGGGAGAAACCAUAUAAAUGUACUGUAUGUGGGAAAGCCUUCAGGAUUAAGAGAGAAUGUAUAUUGCAUCAGAGAAUUCACACUGGAGAGAAACCAUAUAAAUGUACUGUAUGUGAGAAGGCCUUCAGGAUUAAGACACAAUUUAUAAUGCAUCAGAGAAUUCACACUGGGGAGAAACCAUAUAAAUGUACUGUAUGUGAGAAGGCCUUCAGGAUUAAGACACAAUUUAUAGUGCAUCAGAGAAUUCAUACUGGGGAGAGACCUUAUAAAUGUAGCCUAUGUUUAAAGGCCUUCAGGAAUAAGAAACAACUUUCACUGCAUCAGAGAAUUCAUACUGGAGAGAAGCCUUAUAAAUGUAGUAUAUGUGGGAAGGCCUUUACUUGGAAGGGAUAUCUUACUCAACAUCAGAAAAUUCAUACUGGGGAGAAAUCUUUUAAAUGUAUUGUAUGUGGGAAGGCCCUUGGGAGUAAGUCAGGACUUACUGUGCAUCAGAGAGAUCAUACUGGGGAGAAAUCUUUUAAAUGUAGUGUGUGUGGGAAGGCCUUUGGGAAUAAGUCAGGGCUUACUGUGCAUCAGAGAGAUCAUACUGAAGAAAAACCAUAUGAAUGUAAUGAAUGUGGGAAGUCCAUCAAGAGUAAGUCAGAGCUUACUUUGCAUCAGAGAAUUCAUACUAAAGAGAAUCUUUAUAAAUGUAGUAUAUGUGGGAAGGCUUUCACUUGGAAGGCAAAUCUUACUCGACAUCAGGUAAUUCAUACGGGAGAUAAUCUUUAUGAAUGUAGUGAUUGUGGAAAGGCCUUCAGGACUAAGAAACAGCUUUUGCUGCAUCAGAGAAUUCAUACUGGAGAGAAAGCUUAUGAAUGCAGUGAAUGUGGAAAGGCCUUCUGGAAGAAGUCACAUCAUACUGAGCAUCAGAGAUGUCAUUCUGGAGAGAAACCUUAUGAAUGUAGUGAAUGUGGGAAGGCCUUCAGGAUUAAGUCAGGGCUUACUGUGCAUCAGAGAAUUCAUAAUGGACAGAAACCUUAUAAAUGUGAAUGUGGUAAGGCUUUCAGGAGUAAGUCACAUCUUAGAAUGCAUCAAAAAGUUCAUACUGGAGACUUUCAUUGUGAAUGUAAGGAAUGUGGGAAGCGUUUCCUGUAUGACUCAGAUCUUAUUCGACAUCAAAAAAUUCAUAGUAGAGAAGUAGAGAAACUUUUUGAAUGUAGUGAAUGUAUGGAGGCCUUCAGGAAUAAGACACAACUUUCUGUGCACCAGAGAAUUCAUACUGGGAAAAUGCUUUAUGAAUGUAAGGAGUGUGGGAGGGCUUUCCCCUACAACUCAGAACUUAUUGAACAUCAAAGAAUUCAUACUGGAGAGAAACCUUAUGAAUGUAGUGAAUGUGGGAAGGCUUUCAGGAUUAAGAAAAAACUUGUUCAACAUCAGAAAAUUCAUAUUGGAGACAAUUCUUUUUGAAUGUAGUAAGUGUGGGAAGGCUUUCCCCUACAACUCAGAUCUUACUAGACAUGAAAAAAUUCGUACAGUAGAGAAAACUUAUGAAUGUAUUGAGUGUAUGGAGGCCUUCAGGUGUAAGAUAUUAAUUUCUGUGCACCAGAGAAUUCAUACUGGAAAGAUGCUUUAUGAAUGUAAGGAGUGUGGGAAGGCUUUCCCCUACAAAUCAGAACUUAUUUGGCAUCAAAGAAUUCACAUUGGAGAGAAACCUUAUAAAUGUAAUGAAUGCAAGAAGUCUUUCAGAGUGAGGAUACAACUUACCCAACACCAAAGCAUUCGUAGAGGAAUAUUAAGAGCGUAAUGAAUGUAGAAAGACUUUUAGAUUAAGGACACUACGUCCAUCAGAGAUCUCAUUUUGGUGAGAUUCCUCAUGAAGUGAGUGUGAGAAUGCCUUCCAUUGCAAUUCAGGUGUUAUUAAGCAUCAAAAAUUCAUGCAGGAACUAGUAUCUCUGAUAAAGGCCUCAUUU